GAGAUCUUCAUUAAAUACAGGCAAGGCAAUCGUUGAGGGUAAUCUGUUCAUAGGACCGACUGAACGCUGUUUACCGACCAACAAAAACGUUAGAUUGUAAUUCCACCACCAGAAGAAGUAGGCAAUCCAGAUGAGUUGUAACAGAACAAUGAAACCAGGAAGGUCUUCAGAAAACAUUCAGAGCUUCCUAAAACAGCCAAGCCAAACGAUGGAGCCCAAAAGAAAAACACUUCAGGUCCUACAGCCUUCUGUUGCCAACAAAAACAUGGGAAAGAUAUCAAAAGUGGGGAAAAUUGUUCCCAAAAGGAAACAAUGGGACAUAGAAGAAGAGAAGGGAUCAAAGAGGGUGAAGGCUGAAGUCAAAUCGACCCAAACUGAAGAUUCGCCAGAUGGUAUCUCAAAUGAAGCCUAUGAGCUGAUGGUCAAAGAAACACCCCCCUCUACGUACUGGAAAGAAGUGGCAGACGAGCGCAGAAAAGCCUUGUACAAUGUUCUCCAGGAGAACGAGAAGCUCCACAAAGACAUUGAGGUCAGAGAUGAGCAAAUAUGCCAGCUGAAGACGGAGAAUGAGGAACUGCAGGAACUUGCGCAACAUGUUCAAUACAUGGCUGACAUGAUUGAGAGGCUCACUGGAAAGGGCCCGGAGAACUUGGAGGAACUGAGGGAGAUAGCCCUUGAUGUGGACGAGGAGGAGGCGGCGGAGGAGGAAGUAGAAGAAGCAGGUGAGAUGACUCGGGAAGAGGAGUCUGGCUCUUGUAGUGAGAGGGUGGCCGAAGCAGAUUCCUCAGACUCUGAAGAAGCCCAACCAUCAGACGGAUGACGGGUGGAAGUUUCCUCAAACCAAAGACUGCCUUUAUCGUUCUUGCCGUUCUGUAUUUUUUUUUUCGAAUGUACUUUCAGAGUUUUGUGUAUUUUACCAUGUCCCUUCUUUUCACAUUGUAACAAAACAUGGAUUGCCUACUUUGAAUGUCUAGUUUAUGAAACGUCAACUUUAUGACAAACUUGAAGUCGCCCAUUGGGCAGUUUUGUAUAUGGAUGUAUAGGACUCAUUGUGCAGUUGUAUUGCAUACUUGUUUACAUUUUCCUUAAUUGCGCUGUAAAAUAAACUACUUUUAAAAUCA